AUGACAGGCAAUUCAAACAGUUCUUUGGCAGACGUACUGGCAGAUAUCAAGAAAUUCAGGAAAGAAAUAAACCAAAGACUAGAUGAACUAGAGAGACAAGCAGAUGCAGCAAAGACCAUAAAACAAGAGAAUGCCAAGAAUCUGAAGACAACAGAAAUAACAUGUGACGAUGUAACUAAAUCUCUGAAGAUAAUGUACCACGCCAUCGAGCAUUUUAACACAUCAAAGCAAGCAGAUCGACUUUUCAUGAAAGUCAUAGAUAACAUUACUGACCAAUGUCACAAGAUGUCAGAAGAUGUGAAGAAAACGACAGGCAAUUCAAACAGUUCUUUGGCAGACGUACUGGCAGAUAUCAAGAAAUUCCGGAAAGAAAUAAACCAAAGGUUAGAUGAUCUGGAGAGACGAGCAGAAGAUGCAGCAAAGGCAAUGCAAUAA